UGCUGCUGGAGUAGGAAAAACAGAAAACAAGUAGCAGGUCAUAGACAAAAUAGGCCGUCGCCGGCGCCCCGCCUCCGCCGUCUCCCCUACCCAUGCCACCGCCAGGCCUUGUUCGUAGCGCAAGCAGCAAGAGACGACGCGGAGAAGACACCGUCGCGGAUCCGAUGUAAACGCUGCGGGAGCACCAAGGCACGGACCUGAUCUGGCAAGAGAAAAUGGAUCGGCGGCAGCGGCAUCCGCCUACCAGUACCAGCGAUGGUGCUCCUCUACACCCAAGCCUCCUCCUCAACCUCCAGGUCGACACGGCCUCGGACGGCGACGGCAACGACACCACCGCCUCCUGCAGGACCAGCGGCGGCGCGCACGACGUCCAGGUCACCCUGUUCGCCGCCAACCCGCCCGGGGUCUCUCGCCUCCAGGUCGUCCGCUCCGCCGGCGCCUCCGCUCCCUACAUCGUCACCACGGAGGCCGACCUCGUCCUCCUCGGCGUCCCUGCCAGCGCCGAUUCGGCGCGCACCAGGUCCGGGUAUGAUUAUUUCGUAUACAAAUUGGGGGCAGGUGAGAAGGGGGCGUCAUCGCUGGAGCUGCUGCCGGGCCCUGUCCCCUCCUCCCUCUCGCUCGACGACUCGCACGUCGGCAUCCUGCGCCGCCGCGACUCCUACUUGAUCGUGGCGCUCUGCUACACAUCCUCACCUGGCAAGUACGACCUGCAUCUCUACGACUCCAAGAGCGGAGGAUGGACCACAAAGCAGGCCUCGCUCGACCAGCAACAGCAUAUGGAUCACUGCCAUGUCAACCGCAAGGUAAUCACCGUCGAGGGCGACGCUGGCACCAUGGCCUGGGUUGACCUCUGGCACGGUAUCCUCUUCUGCGACGUCCUCCAUGAGGAACCACGGCUUCAACACAUCCCGUUGCCACCGCCACUACUGCCAACAAGGGAGCUGGGAGGCUGCCCCAGGAACGCUCGCGACAUCGCGGUCAUUAAUGGUCGCAUCUACUACGUCGAGCUGCAGAUCAGAACCAUGCCAGGUUCGUCCAGCAGGGGCAGCUACAUCUCUGAUGGCUGGACCGUUGCCAUAUGGAGCACCAGUGCUACUGGUCCUUGGCAUGGGGACUGUUGGCACCAGGACUACAAACUCGACGCCUCUGAGAUCACUGUCGGAGAAAAACUGGUGCACUUUGAAGGCGUAGCCGAGCCAACCUUGGUGAGGCUCCAAACAGGCCAUCCCACACUCUGCCUGCACGACAGUCGAGUUGUUUACCUCAUGGCAAAAGUUGACUACCAGGACGAAAAGGCAUGGGUGCUUGCAGUUGACAUGAGGAACAAGACGCUGCAAGCAGUUGCCAAGUUCACCGCCGAUAGAGUCCCAGGCUUCUGCUUUACAUAUACACACACCAGGGUCUCUGAAUAUCUGAAGAUGCAGAUAUAAAGUGUAAACUGAAAUGAUGAAGGAUGCUGGUAUCCAAGAAAGUGCCUGGAACGUUUAGGGUGAUGCAAAUGCAACCAUAGCAUGGAAUGUGAAAGGAGGGUAGUGCUUGUCCUUUCCAAAGACUCACUCACUAGUAUGGUCUUUGAAAUGAACAGAACAGAACAGAAAAAAACGACAACGUGCUUGUAUGAACUUUCAGAAGAAAAGGACACCAACACUAGUAUGGUAUCUUGUGUAGCAAGGGAGCUGGUGAUGAAAUUAUAUGUUUGUUUGUUCAAUAGCCAGGUUGGGCCACCAUAUUUGAACUUCACUAAUAUGGCCGCUUGUAAAUUGUAAUCGCUCACUUAUUAUAUUCAUUUAUGCUGCUGUAUAUAAGGUGAUUUGUAAAUGGGCCAAACAGCUGCAUGUGCAAGGGUCCGUGCAAUCAGAGCAAGGUUUA